UGCAGGUAGUCCGCCAUCGCUGCGUGAACUAUCGGAUGUGGCGUUUGGCUGUCAACAUUAAACUUACGGUGCCCGGGACGCGGAGCUACGAGGUCGAGUGAAAGCUCGUCGGGCGCUCCGUUAAAACCAGCAGGCACCCCUACCCCCCUAUCCAACCCCCUUCCCUCUGUCCUCUCCCCCGAAAAAAACACCACUUUCAUGUGAAUACCGAGCCCACCGGACGAGGCAACCAUGUCCAAUCUCAGCAAAAGCGGCACCAAGAAGGACACCAAAAUGAGGAUAAGGGCCUUUCCUAUGACCAUGGACGAGAAGUAUGUCAACAACAUUUGGGACCUUCUGAAGAAUGCCAUCCAGGAGAUUCAGCGGAAGAACAACAGCGGCCUGAGCUUCGAGGAACUGUACAGGAACGCCUACACAAUGGUCCUUCACAAACACGGAGAGAAGCUGUACACGGGCCUGCGGGAGGUCGUCACCGAACACCUUAUCAACAAAGUACGAGAAGAUGUCCUCAACUCCCUAAACAAUAACUUCCUUCAGACCCUAAAUCAGGCCUGGAAUGACCAUCAAACAGCCAUGGUGAUGAUCAGAGACAUCCUGAUGUACAUGGAUCGGGUGUACGUACAGCAGAACAAUGUGGAGAAUGUCUACAACCUGGGUCUCAUCAUCUUCAGGGAUCAAGUGGUUCGUUACGGCUGCAUCAGAGACCACCUCCGACAGACCCUGCUGGACAUGAUCGCCCGAGAGAGGAAAGGGGAGGUGGUGGACAGGGGGGCCAUAAGAAACGCCUGCCAGAUGUUGAUGAUCCUCGGCCUCGAAGGGAGAUCUGUUUAUGAAGAAGAUUUUGAGGCACCAUUCUUAGAAAUGUCUGCAGAAUUCUUCCAGAUGGAAAGCCAAAAGUUCCUUGCAGAAAACAGUGCUAGUGUGUACAUAAAGAAGGUCGAAGCCAGAAUCAACGAGGAGAUUGAGCGGGUGAUGCACUGCCUGGAUAAAUCUACAGAAGAGCCAAUCGUGAAGGUGGUGGAACGUGAGCUCAUCUCCAAGCACAUGAAGACCAUCGUAGAGAUGGAGAACUCUGGACUGGUCCACAUGCUCAAAAACGGCAAGACAGACGAUUUGGCGUGCAUGUACAAGCUGUUCACCAGGGUUCCCAAUGGGCUGAAGACCAUGUGUGAGUGCAUGAGCUCGUACCUGCGGGAGCAAGGAAAGGCCCUGGUGUCAGAGGAGGGAGAGGGAAAGAACCCCGUGGACUACAUCCAGGGUUUGCUGGACCUGAAAUCCCGUUUUGACCGUUUCCUCCAGGAGUCCUUCAAUAAUGACCGGCUCUUCAAGCAAACCAUUGCAGGCGACUUUGAGUACUUCCUUAACCUCAACUCUCGUUCACCGGAGUACCUCUCACUCUUCAUCGAUGACAAACUGAAGAAGGGAGUAAAAGGGUUGACCGAGCAGGAGGUGGAGUCCAUACUGGACAAGGCCAUGGUGCUGUUCCGCUUCAUGCAGGAGAAGGACGUGUUCGAGAGGUACUACAAGCAGCACCUUGCAAGGAGGCUGCUCACCAACAAGAGUGUCUCUGAUGACUCUGAGAAGAACAUGAUCUCAAAGCUUAAGACGGAGUGCGGCUGUCAGUUCACCUCAAAACUGGAGGGCAUGUUCCGGGAUAUGAGCAUCUCAAACACCACCAUGGAUGAGUUUAGACAACAUCUACAGACAACUGGGGUGUCUCUUGGAGGGGUCGACCUCACUGUGAGAGUCCUGACCACGGGCUAUUGGCCAACACAAUCAGCAACACCAAAGUGCAACAUCCCGCCUUCACCGCGACAUGCAUUUGAAGUCUUCAGAAGGUUUUAUCUUGGUAAGCACAGCGGAAGACAACUCACACUACAGCACCAUAUGGGCUCUGCAGAUCUAAACGCCACCUUCUACGGUCCCAUCAAAAAGGAGGACGGGUCAGAGGUUGUAGUGGGAGGAGCCCAGGUAACCGGCUCCAACACCAGGAAGCACAUCCUGCAGGUUUCCACUUUUCAGAUGACCAUCCUCAUGCUUUUCAACAACAGAGACAAAUCCAUCUUUGAGGAGAUCCAGCAGGAGACAGACAUCCCAGAGAGGGAGCUGGUGCGAGCGCUGCAGUCUCUGGCUUGUGGGAAGCCCACUCAGAGAGUUCUCACCAAGGAGCCCAAGUCCAAGGAGAUCGAGAAUGGCCACGUGUUUACAGUCAAUGACCAGUUUACCUCCAAACUUCACCGCGUCAAGAUCCAGACAGUGGCUGCUAAACAAGGGGAGUCGGACCCAGAGAGGAAGGAGACGCGGCAGAAAGUGGACGACGACAGGAAGCACGAAAUCGAAGCUGCCAUCGUUCGCAUCAUGAAGUCCAGAAAGAAGAUGCAACACAAUGUUCUAGUAGCAGAGGUGACGCAGCAGCUGCGUGCACGAUUCCUCCCGAGUCCCGUAGUCAUCAAGAAGCGCAUUGAAGGACUCAUUGAGAGGGAAUAUUUGGCAAGAACGCCCGAGGACCGCAAAGUGUACACUUAUGUAGCAUAAAACACUUGAAUUCAAGGAAAGCUAACGUCGAGUUGUGAGAAACGGAGAGCCUGGUCUUUUUUGUGGACUGCUAUGCGUUUGAAUGAACUUGGAAGUGCUUUCAUCAAUGAUUCUGGGAAACACUGGGAAGCUUUACUUUUCUUCCAUAAAAAUGUGUAAAGAGAAGAAAACGUGCAUAAGACGGGGAAAUUCUCUAGGUAUAUUAGAUGUCUUCCGCGGAGAAAUGAAGGGAGGGGAUCUAGUUUUGUACAAAAUCACGUUUCUUGUGGCCUUUGGAGAGAAUUGGGCGAGCCGGUUUGCCAAUUAACCACGUGCUGUUGAGAACGAGCUGAAACGUGUUGGAGCAAACCUGCAGCUACGUGGAGGCCAAGAAAACAUUUGAAUUCACUCCCCUGUUUUAAAUGUCUAUGUCAAUGUGUUUUUUGUGGCACAUUGAUGGCUGUACAUGUUAACAGACACUCUUGGCCUUUUCCUCCUAGAGGAUUUUAAAUUGAAAGAGGAGGACAGUGCUCACUGCUGCAGACCUGGUUUACAACAACGACUACUGGAGAAAACAUGAGUGCUUGAUUUGUUAAAAAUGUCUUUUUUUUAGGUUGUUUUACUGUCUUAUAGAAGUUAAGUGCACCUAUAUUUAAUGCCAUUUUCAAUAUUUGGGCGAGGUCUGUACGGGUGGUUAGAGAGAUCGCGUGCUUCGAUCUGAUGGAUCAAUCAGGGGAAUAAGACAUGAAAUCUCCGGAAACGCCGUUUGGUCUCAUGACACAUAUUUCACUUCAGGCCUGCUGUAUGAUUGGCCAAAAAAUAAAACCGCCUCUUUUGAAUGAAUUUGAAUGAUUGAAGUUGGAAGCUUUCAAAGACGUUUUGGGGAUUUAAAGAGUGAUGGAGCCAGUCCAGCACCAUGUUCUAAUGUGUACAAAUUGUAAGAUAAUUAUUGUACUCACUGCAAAGGUGGAAUGUACAGGGCCUUGUUUUCAUCAUAGUAAAUGUAGAAUAAAAAAAUGAAGGGGU